GUGCAGAAACAAGUGCAAAUACCAUAGUCACUCACCUGGCCAGGCAUGGUAGGAGGGGGAGGCCAAAAAUAGGGGUUGUUAAAGCGGGGUUCAGCCAUCCUGAAAUAAAUACACACGGGUUAUAAAAAACGUGAAGGUUGCUCUAAAUGCUGAUCAGUACUAAGGACAUAUCUGUAGUCAGACUUGUAAGACAAGGAUUUUCAGGUCUACUUGAUACCUUAUCCCUGGUUCCACAGAGCCACACCCUCACAGUCCUCUCACCUCCACUGUGCAGGUGCAGGGAUAACAGAGGGGGAGGUGAAGGGGAGGGAGGAAGGAGGAGGCUCAUUAUCCCCGUGAGGGUGGAGCAAAGGGGGAGGUGAAGAAAGCGGAUGAAGAAUUUGAAGCUCAUAUUGACAUGCAGCUCUGUCGGCUCCUGUGUGCACAGCCAUGGAGGGUGUGUUGGAAGGAGCAGUGGUGUUGUGUGUAUGUAAACUGGCCUGCAGUCUUCUCUUCCUGCCCUCAUUGUCUGACUCCUACAGCCCAGUCAGUUUCUGCUGCUGCUGCCUCCUCAUCUUCACAGACUUCUUGGUCACAGUCUUUCUGAGUUGCCUCUGCAUCUUUGAGUCUUGGCUGGCUGAACUGACCACAUCAGGUGAUUUUAUUGCCCUGCACUUCUUGCUCUUUGUCAGCCAAAUCUAUGGAGGGGUGUUGCUCCUGAUUGUGCCUCUAAUUACUGUGGAGACUGUGAUCAGACUACUGUGGCCUCAUGUUGCCAUCCCUCGCAGGACAGUGAGGCAGAAGGCAGUGUCUGAUGGACAGUGUUGUGAUGCAGAGGAGCAAGGAGAGGAAGACAGCAACAGCUCAGAUCAAGACAGGCUGUCUCAUGUUGUCGGCUACCUCUGCUGCCUGUCAGUGUGGGUCAUUGUCGCCCUCAAUGUCAGGCAGCAAUGGAAGCUGGAAGAAGUGUGGGCUGCUGCCUGUCUCCACACAACCAGUUCCCUUGUGAGAUGUCUGCCCAACUUGUUCAGCCCGAUUCCCAGCACCUUGAAUCUGUGCUGGGCCAUGGCCUUCCUUUUCCUCCUGCUCCUUCUGACCACCAGCAGCACAGGCCUUCAAAGAAGACACCGAGCCCAUGCGCAGACGUCCAGAGUCAGCAAUAAAGGUGACUGUCGCUGCCAAGAUCUUGUUCCAGAGUUGUCUGCACCCUUAAAGCCUAUAAAACUUGGGCUGUCAGUGCCUGAGCCAGCACAGCAUGUUGACCCAGAGAAAACAGAGAGCAGCUGCACUGUUCAUAGGGCCUGGACCAGUUGGCAGAUGACAGUUUGCAACCAUGGAGACUUUGUCCUUAUUUCUUCAAUGUGUUUUUCUGGAAAGAGGGGAGGACAUGAGCAGGAAAGGCCAAAGAGAGGUAUAUAUCUGACAUUUAUCACAGAAGAACACGUGGACUCACAAUGUAGGAGCCAGUGUGGAUGGCAACAGUGGGGUUUUCCGUGCCUCAGGGUGAAUGUAAUAACAGGGUUGGUAUGUGUGCUCUCCAUCUUUACCCUACCUCUCAACCUGAGCGUGAAUAUUCUUCUGAUCAGGACUAUAGAGACACUGCUGGAGCUGUGUAUCGAAUCUUUACUUUCGUCUGCAACAUGCACAAGAAACACAUCCACCCCUGGUGCUGAAACACUAAUUUAACACCAGCGAAAUGAGGAAAAAAGAGAACCUGAUUGGCGGCAGUUGGCGACACAGUCAUCAGAUUACAUGCGUGCAGACAGCUGGUCUACCUGUUAACACUGGCUUGAAUGGAGUGCAAAUACACAUUUAUGAGCAGCUAUUCACAUGUGAGGAGUAAUAUGUGGAAACUGCUGAAAGGAGCUGAGCAGGCAGGUCAAGGCGUGCUUGGUAGAAAGACUCUCAAAACCAUGACUGGAACAGAUGGCUUGAAGGCCUUUCUUUACUAUUCAGAGCUUUGGGAUCUGCAGCUAUUUAUCAUUACAGAACAAGCUACUCCAGUUUAAAUAAGACUAAUCCAAGAGCAAAUGCUGUUUUUGAAAGUUAUGAAUAGAAUGAAUUAAUGUGACUCUGUUGAUACUGCAUCACAUAAUGCCUGUUUAAAGCUGUAUAUAUAUAUAUAUAAA